UGGGAGCGGGCGCGGGAACCGGCGGGGGGGGCGGAGCUGUAGUCCCGGCGGCGGAAGGAGGAGAGGAAGAAAGGGGCGAGACCCGGUGCCGGGCAGCCGCGCGAGGCUCUCGCUCAGUGCGCGGGCGUCUCCAGCCGGGCGCGCGGCGUUCGAGGGUCGGUGUCGGCGCCGAGCCCUCUCUCGGGCUGCCGCCGUUGCUGCUGCAGCUGCUGCCGCCGCUUCUGCCGUGGGGCUCGGGCGGCGACGGAACGGGGCCGGCCGCGGGGCGGGCGGGGAGGGAGGAGGCGGUGAAGGCGGCGGGCCGGGGGGGAAGAUGCCGCUGGCGCAGCUGGCGGACCCGUGGCAGAAGAUGGCUGUGGAGAGCCCAUCCGACAGCGCUGAGAAUGGACAGCAAAUUAUGGAUGAACCUAUGGGAGAGGAAGAGAUUAAUCCACAAACUGAAGAAGGCAGUAUCAAAGAAAUUGCAAUCACACAUCAUGUAAAGGAAGGACAUGAAAAGGCAGAUCCUUCCCAAUUUGAACUUUUAAAAGUAUUAGGGCAGGGAUCAUUUGGAAAGGUUUUCUUAGUCAAAAAAAUCUCAGGCUCUGAUGCUAGACAGCUUUACGCCAUGAAAGUACUGAAGAAGGCCACACUGAAAGUUCGAGACCGUGUUCGGACAAAAAUGGAGCGUGAUAUCUUGGUAGAAGUUAACCAUCCUUUUAUUGUCAAGUUGCAUUAUGCUUUUCAAACUGAAGGGAAGUUGUAUCUUAUAUUGGACUUUCUCAGGGGAGGAGAUUUGUUUACACGCUUAUCCAAAGAGGUGAUGUUCACAGAAGAAGAUGUCAAAUUCUACUUGGCCGAACUUGCACUUGCUUUAGACCAUCUACACAGCCUGGGAAUAAUCUAUAGAGACUUAAAACCAGAAAACAUUCUUCUUGAUGAAGAAGGUCAUAUCAAGUUAACAGACUUUGGCCUAAGUAAAGAGUCUAUUGACCAUGAAAAGAAAGCAUAUUCUUUUUGUGGAACUGUGGAAUACAUGGCUCCAGAAGUAGUUAAUCGUCGAGGUCAUACUCAGAGUGCAGACUGGUGGUCUUUUGGUGUGUUAAUGUUUGAGAUGCUCACUGGUACACUACCUUUCCAAGGAAAAGAUCGAAAAGAAACAAUGACUAUGAUUCUUAAAGCCAAACUUGGGAUGCCACAGUUUUUGAGCCCAGAAGCCCAGAGUCUUUUACGAAUGCUUUUCAAACGAAAUCCUGCAAACAGAUUAGGUGCAGGACCAGAUGGAGUUGAAGAAAUUAAAAGACAUUCAUUUUUCUCAACUAUAGACUGGAAUAAACUGUAUAGAAGAGAAAUUCAUCCACCUUUUAAACCUGCAACUGGCAGGCCUGAAGAUACUUUCUAUUUUGAUCCUGAGUUUACUGCAAAAACUCCCAAAGAUUCACCUGGCAUUCCACCUAGUGCUAAUGCACAUCAGCUUUUUCGGGGGUUUAGUUUUGUUGCUAUUACCUCAGAUGAUGAAAGCCAAGCUAUGCAGACAGUUGGUGUGCAUUCAAUUGUUCAGCAGUUGCACAGGAACAGUAUCCAGUUUACUGAUGGGUAUGAAGUAAAAGAAGAUAUUGGAGUUGGCUCCUACUCCGUGUGCAAGAGAUGUAUACAUAAAGCCACAAACAUGGAGUUUGCAGUGAAGAUUAUUGAUAAAAGCAAGAGAGACCCUACAGAAGAAAUUGAAAUUCUUCUUCGUUAUGGACAGCAUCCAAACAUUAUUACUCUAAAGGAUGUAUAUGAUGAUGGAAAAUAUGUGUAUGUAGUGACAGAACUUAUGAAAGGGGGUGAAUUGCUGGAUAAAAUUCUUAGGCAGAAAUUUUUCUCUGAGCGAGAGGCCAGUGCUGUCCUGUUUACUAUUACCAAAACUGUUGAAUAUCUUCAUGCACAAGGCGUGGUUCACAGAGACUUGAAACCUAGCAACAUUCUUUAUGUGGAUGAAUCUGGCAAUCCAGAAUCUAUUCGCAUUUGUGAUUUUGGCUUUGCUAAACAGCUAAGAGCAGAAAAUGGUCUUCUCAUGACUCCUUGUUAUACGGCAAAUUUUGUUGCACCAGAGGUUUUAAAACGACAAGGCUAUGAUGCUGCUUGUGACAUAUGGAGUCUUGGUGUCCUCCUCUACACAAUGCUUACUGGUUACACUCCAUUUGCAAAUGGUCCUGAUGAUACACCAGAGGAAAUACUGGCUCGAAUAGGCAGUGGAAAAUUCUCACUCAGUGGUGGCUACUGGAAUUCUGUUUCAGACACAGCAAAGGACCUGGUGUCAAAGAUGCUUCAUGUGGACCCUCACCAGAGACUGACCGCUGCCCUUGUGCUCAGACAUCCUUGGAUUGUCCACUGGGACCAACUGCCGCAAUACCAACUCAACAGACAGGAUGCACCACAUCUGGUCAAGGGUGCCAUGGCAGCUACAUACUCUGCUUUAAACCGUAAUCAGUCACCAGUUUUGGAACCAGUAGGCCGCUCUACUCUUGCUCAGCGGAGAGGUAUUAAAAAAAUCACCUCUACAGCCCUGUGAAGUGACCUCAGUGAGAUAUUUGGUACCAUGGUGUAAGUUGAUAGCACAAGUUCUGGUGACAGGUAGCACAUAUCUGAGAGGCACCUGCAAGCACACACUGUCCCAGCUGGUACCCAUAAUGCUGCUGCUCCUGCUGCUGCUCCCGCUUUUGUCUCUUCUCGCUUUAAAUGAUUGUUAGCAAGUUAGAUUUUCCUGGAGCUUCGGAUGAAAUGAAAAUGGAAACAUGAUGAAGAUAUAUUCACUGAAUCAACAAGAAUAAUAAUGAACACAUGAAUACCACCUAAAAAUACACUGAAUAAAGUACUCUACACCACAUAGCAUUAUUUUUAUAGGAAAUAUUUCAUGUCCCUUAAAUAUUCUUCGUUAGUUAUAGGGAUGGACAGUUUAUGUUAAGCACUUAGCUUAAACAAUCCGUUUCUAUUAGCACUGUAUCCCUUGUGCCAUCCAACAUUUUGUAUGUUUUUGUAAACAGUUCAUAUACAGUACAUUUCUGUACUGCUUUCUUUAAUGUAUACAUGCCUUGUUUAACUUGGAAUCUAUUAUUAAUCAAUUGACUAUUAAAUCUGGUUAAAUAGUUCACCUGGAUUAACAGUAUUGUUGGACAGCCCUCAAAAUGGCCAGAUUGUAGAACAGCCUUUGAAUGUAAUACUUCCAAAAUGUACAUAUCUUUCCCCAUGUCUGUUUCACUGGUUCAUUUGUUUGUUUGUUUGUUUCUUAAAGUCAGGUGCUCUGUCAGGCUAACCUAGAGAGCUUUUGUGAUAGAGAAAGUUACUGUGUGUGUGUGUGUGUGUGUGUGUGUGUGUGUGUGUGGUAUGACAGACAUCAAGAGUAUACUUAUGAAGUUAGUCCGUAUACUUUGCAAAUCCUUAGGGUCUUUUUUCCUUAAUUAAGGAAGUAGUUCUUGCAUUUUUUAUCUUAAAUCAUCUCCAUACUUAGAAUUUGGCAUACAUUUGGGAUUUUUCCCAAUAUACAUCAAAGACCUUUAAAAGGCAUGGUGAAGAGAUGGCAAAGGAAAAUUUAGCAACAGGUCAUUGAAAUCCCAUUGGAUUUUUCGUGUUUAAAUAGAUCAAAUUGCAGAAUUUAGCAUAUGAAUAACAGGAUACCUGUUCUUGUAUACCUGCAGGAAGAGUAUGCUUUUUGGUGGGGGGGAAGAAAAAGAUAAAUCAUAAUGAAUUAUAUCCCAUUAAGAUGCUCUACAUUAAACACUAAUUUGAAUGUAAUAAAGGCCAUGGGCCUCUCUAUGAAAUUUGGACUUAAGCUUUCUUAUUCUAGGGAAUAAAACAUUCUGGAUCAAAUAUUAUCUGUUCUAACCUUAAAUCAUAGCUGAGGUAGACUAAGUGAAUGUUUAGCAUUGAGUGUUUUCUGAAUUCCUCCUGAUGAUUUAUAGCCAUAUAAUGCUUUCUUUUCUUUUUUAAAAAAUUUUUAUUGGAGUAUAGUUGGUUUACAAUAUUGUGUUAGUUUCAUAUAAUGCUGUCUUUAAUUUCAGAAAUGAUCAUUUUUCAUAAUGGGCACUAUAUCUGCUUAUUCAUUAUCUACAUCAAAUUUGGUAGUUUCCACAAUUUCAUUAAAGAAAUGUCUGCAUCCAUUAUUACCUGUAUCUUUGCCAAGCUACCUAGCAUACAUCAGUAUGUAAUACGAAAAACAUAUGAGCAAGGAAAAGGUGAUUUAACUUAUCUCAUCAAGAAUGUGCCUGAACAUAUCUUUCCUAGUCAUGUACUAAGCCAUUUACAUCAGAAAUCCCUUUUCCUGCCAGAAGCUUUAAAUCUUCCCCCUGAGAGUACAAAGCCAAGAAAGCAUGGUUUAUCUAAAUGUCUUGGAAGCCACUUGUUAUUCCUUAACUUCUCCUCUGUGUAAUUCAAGAGAAAGAGAAAAGUGAUCAUGCCUUUUGCCCAGGUGAUACGAAAUGAUUAUUGCCUAGAAAUCAAAUAUAAAUUUAUCUUCUAAAUAAAAAAAUACAUACGAGGAAAGAUUUCAGAAAAUCUAGAUGGAGAAAGUUUUAAAAUAUUCCUGAGUAUAUGGAUGAUAAUGAUUAACACCUGCUUUCCAUUGCCUGGAAAUAAAGGUGUUUUUUGUUUUCUCUCCUCUAUUAAGUGUUUCAAACCUGAGUCAUCCCAAAUUCUUGUCACUUAUGUAAUUCUAGGCAGAAAAUAGAUCUUUUCAGAUUUUUGACACGGACACUAUUUCCUAAGUGCUUAGGUGUAUUGUUAAUCGUAGUCUUUUAAAACCAGAAGUUAAUGUGUAAAUCCUUAUAAAUUGUCUAGUCCAACUUUCUCAUAUUGCAUGUAAAGAACCUGAGACCCAGAGCAAAGACUAGAAUCCUUAACUUUCCAUUCAGUUUCUUUCCCUCAUAACACCGUGCUGCCUUCCCCUCAUAUUAUCACACGACCAUGUGCUGAGUUGUUCAAAAACUAUAGUUCUUGGAGCAGUCCUCUGCUGGUACAUGAAUGCCUUCUUUGCCUUCUCUGCCUAGAAGAGCUGCCAGUUUUAUUGGAGAAUAACUGGUUAUAUGUUCACAAAACUGAAGGCCUUCUGCCUAAAAAGCAGUUCAUACUUUAUUUCAUCUGUGAUUCUGGUGUUCCUAUUGCCUUUGACUUAGAGCAGACAAACUUGGCCAACAAUGUGCUCUAAAUGUAGUGCCUGUGCUGGGAUAACCUUUCCAUUAAUUCCUUCAAGUCCAGUUUCUCUUGGGCCCUACAAUUGUGGGAGUAAGGCCCUUUCCCAUUAGUGCUGCUGGUUACCUCCCAGGAGAUUUUAGUUCAGUCUGAAGGAUAUUUCAAUAUGAAAGAAGGAACUAAACUAACAGGCCACUUUCACAAACCUCCUCUUAGCUUAUAAUCCAGAAUAAUAUCCAGAAUGGUAGGUUGAAUUUAACAUUAUCAAGCACAUACUGGAAAAUCUGGAUUACACUAUACCAUGUGUUUUCUAUCCUCCCUUUCAAGCGAUGAUGCUAAAUUAAGGUAAGUUUUUUGUCCUCUGAACUUUUUGUAUAAGUAAUUUCAGUUCCUAAUUCAUAGAGAUGUCUUCUUUCUAAGUACAAUAGACUCUUCACUUUAGCAGAUUUGAUAUAGAUUCAUUUAUUUGCAAGCAACCUCAAAAGUCCAAAAAUAUAGUAAUUUUGACAAGGCACAAAGUUGAGAUGCUGUGAGGCUGGAGACUGACAUGUGGGAAAAGUCCCUUGGUGAGUGUCUAGAGAGGGUGUGGUGUGUAUCCAGUAGAGAUUCCGCAUUUCACACACAGUGGGCUGCAAGGAGCUGGUUUGGGUCAGCCUUCUCCCAUCUAUUUUUAAGAAGUGGUUGCUGUUGGGAGAAGAGAACAUCAUGGGAAGUGGGGCUAGUCUGUUAGCUGUACCUUGUACCCUCAGCCCAGGAAAGGCUUCAUAAGUGGGCACAAUGGAUUGGUAGGAAAAGCACUAAGGUACAUCCAGCCUCAGGUGAGAGCAGAAAAGCAUUCACGAUUUGGGGGCUUAGUACAAAUGUGCAUCACCACAAAAGCCAGCAGCACACAUUUCAACACAGCUGUGAUUUUUCUCAACUUCCUGGCCUUUACACAUGAGCUGAAAAUUUUCAGGCUACUUGACUGUAUUUUAUAGAGAAUAUUCUCUCUUAUGGUGGUAUCGAACAUUUGAAAUUUACAAAGGCAUUAGGACAGAUAUCUCAGGAAUGUAAACGGUCAGAAAAGGUCUGCUUUCUGUGAUUAACAAAUACGAUGAGUUCCAUGGCUGACCUUGGUGCUUAAACCAGGGGGUUCCAACUAGUCCUAGAGCUCUGUCUUCCGAAAGGUCCACUUCCAUGUGACUAACAAACUGGAUGUAUACUUUGAGCCUUAUUUAAUUCACAGAUAAGUUGACUUAACUCAGCAUUUUUAUUUCAAUUAAUGAAAACAGUCCUCUCUUCACCUCCAGAUUGCUUACAUUUUUCUGGUCUCCCCAAGUGACCAUUAGUGGAGACCAGUUAAUGAAGGAAUGAAAUUUGCUGUUUGUUUUUUUUUUUUUAAUUUGCUUUCUUGGGACUGUGGUGUUCUGCAGAGCCACGCUUAACCACUUUUUCUAGUGAAGAGUCUACAGAAUGAUAAUAACUAAAUAUGGAUGGCCAAGAAGAUUUUGUAUCUACAGUGCGCUUUAUAUAUUUUUGACACUGCUGUAUUCUGUGUGAUCGAAUGACCUGUAACUGGUUCCAAUGUGACUGAGUGUUCUCAAUGAAUUCUAGUAGCAAAGUCAACUUAAUUUUCUUAAGCCUUGUAUUACUAUCUGUCUCACAUUUACCACUUUGAUUCCAGUCUUUUAACUGUUCAUAACAGGGCAUACCAAGGGUUGGGAUGAGAGCCUACUUCCUACCUCUAAAGGCACUUUCCUCAUUAUUUUGCCAUAUAACCUUGAAGUGCAUGAUAAGCUGUUUAAAUGUCCAUGACUUCUCCCAGAGCAACUAGCAAAGUAUAUUACAUUGAAUAGAGAUUAGUGGAAAGGAAAAUUUAGAGACUAAACAGGUGUAAACCUCAAGAAAACCUCUUUAGAGCACAUACCAUUUGAGUACAAUGUAUGUAAAUGUAUGUGAGAAGAGAGUUGCUAUAAUAGUCCUCUCUAAGUAGAUUAGUUCAAUAUCUAAUGGAAGUGAAAAUCUACUCCUAUUAUCACUAUAGUACUGAGUGAACUGUAUACUGAGUUUUUUAAACAAGUACUUAAAGUAGAACUUUUAAAUAUAAAGCAAGGGCAUAAGGACAAAGGUUUUGGUUUGUGUUUCUCUAAGUGUAGUUUACCAUCUAAGGCUUCCUUUCUUAAUUGAAAAAAAAAGCUUCAAGGUAUUGCCAUUCCUUAGCAUCCUUAAUAAUUAUGGGUGAUGAGUUUUUAACUCUUAAGAUUAUAUACCUGUAUUACGUUUAUCUUAACUCUUACCCUAAGCAAAAGGGAAGGUAUACACCUAAGGGAUGUAAUUAUUUUGCAUUUUUGGCCAUGGGUGGGAAAGGGGUGGGUAUCUACUUAAACAGUUUUUAAAAAAGAAAAAAGUCACAAAUAUUUUUCUACUCUUAUAUAUGAUUUUACUUUAUACUAGUUUCUCUCUAGUAAGGCAUGCCAGAAGCCCAUGACACCAUAUCACGAGUUUAUAUGUAUUGUACCUUUUAUUGGUAGUUAAAUCUCAUCAGAUGCUUGGCACUGCUGCCAUGAUUAUGAAAUGCUUGUAAAGGAUUAAAUAUCACUGAGUAUUUUAAAUUGUUUUACUUAAGAGUCUAAUCUGGGAAGUUUUCAAAUCAUACUAUUAAUGUAUAAUCUAAGCUCUUUCAGAUGUAUCCACGAAUAAUCCUGGAACAAUAUUGCUUGUAUUCCUGUCACAGAACAGGUUUUGUAAUCUUUAAAAGAAAUGAAAAUUUAUAUAAUAAAGUUUCAAAUAAAUGCA